ACCUUAAGACCUGUGUCCCGUGAUAGGCACACACUGGAGACGACUGCAACAUGCGGUUUAUUAUGAAACCCUGCCAGCAUGAGCCGAUAAAAUCUCCUUUGUUUGUGGAGCAAGAGAAAACAAGUUCAAGUCCCGUCCUGUCCCAGAGACAGAGUCUAUAUGUGAGCCGGACUGAGAGGAGAGGAGAGGACAGGAGUGUGCGUGGUGGUGGUGGGAGUUUGGUGUGAAAAUGCGCAGCUGCUGUGCGAAGAGGAUACACCGUGGAAAUUGAAUUUUCACAAGACAAGUUUCAUUUCCACGGAUUAAUUAGGAGGAGCAGCCAUGACCCAAGGAUGAUGGUUUUUUAGCGCACGCGGGGGGAGCGAUGUGCCUCAGCUCCGGUUGUUUGACUGACGCGUCUUUGACUGUUGAUGCGCCCAUGUGGCGCUGAACGUGAAAAUACCGGCUGAGCUCUCUCUCUCUCUCUCUUUCUCUCGCUCUCUCUCUCUCUCUCUCCCCGCUCAGCCGUUAUAUCCUCGCUCACCGCAGCUCGAGUAUCAGUUACCGGGUCCCGACCAAUCCCCGCGCGCUGUCAGACAGCAGAGGAGAGCAAACCGGAGAGAGGCAGACAGAGAGGGGGAGAAAGCGAGAGGAGCACACACCCAACAAUCUAUCUAUCCACCGUCUGUCCUCCUUCACCCCUCUCCCCGGCCUGAGAGACAGACUUACAGGCAGCCACCCCCCCACCUCCCCUCUUUUGCCUCCCCUCACCCGCCAGGACCCCCCUGACUGCAGCUGUUCAGGUUAACCGGUGAGGCGCGAGGCAGGAUGCGCGAUGGGACAAGCGUGCGGACACGCGCUCCUCUGCCGUAGUCAGCCGCCGUCAUCCGAGAUACGCGGUCAGCAAGUGUUUCUGCGUCCUGAGGAGAGUUCAGCUCCAGCUCUGACUACCAGACAGUCCACCACGUUGUCGGAACAACUCCAGGAUGCUUUGCUGCGGCUGGCGGCGGUUGUCGACGCACGCUCCCUGCGAGCGGCCCUUCGAGACAGCAUACAGGAGCUGCUACCCAGCACGGAGUGUGUAUGUGUCUACAUGCUGGAGGACUCGAGGCUGCUAUCUGACGACCCCCCACACGAACUGCCACUGGAGGGAAAGAUCAGGAGUAUCGCGGACCAGCUGAAGCGAUGUCAGUGUGCUGGCCUCCCUCCAUCCGAACUGCCAGAAAAAUACAGAGUCUGCCUCGCAGCACCGUUACCAGCACACAGAAGAGCUGUUGUCAUUCCUAUCUUGGACCAGGACAAGGCCAUCGCUGUAUUACUGGUGGGCUGUAAUCCACUAUCUGAUCAGGAUGAACUUCAUCUUAACAUGCUGGAAAAACACGCCUCAGUGGCGUGCGUGCGAGUCCAGGCUGUUCAGACGUCCUACCAGAGGCCUCCCCUCAGCCCCUCACCCAUACAAUCCCACAAUGCACUGCUGCACCUCAAUGUCUCAGAACAGGACUACUGCGAGCUGGACCGCAACAUCCUGCAACUCUGUGGUGAGCUCUUUGACCUUGAUGCAGCCUCUCUCCAGCUCAAAGUCAUCAAUUAUCUGCAGCAGCAGACUAAGUCGCAGUGUUGUUGUCUGCUGCUGGUGUCCGAGGACAACCACCAGCUGUUUUGCCAGGUAGUUGGAGACAAAGUGCUGGAGGAGGAGAUCAGCUUCCCGCUGAUGUUUGGACGUUUCGGUCAGGUCGUGGAGAAGAAGAAGUCAAUUACUCUUCAGGACAUCAGCGCCGAGGAGCGCAGGCAGCUGUCCAGUAUGUUAGGCUGUGAGAUCUCCUCCAUGCUCUGUGUCCCAGUGGUCAGCAGGGCCACUGGUCAGGUGGUGGCGCUAGCGUGCGCCUUCAACAAGCAGGGUGGCCAGAGACACACAGAGGCAGAUGAGCAUGCCAUCCAGCACUGUUUCUGCUACACUUCAACAGUCCUCACUUCAACUUUGGCCUUCCAGAAAGAACAGAAACUCAAAGUGGAGUGCCAGGCACUCUUACAAGUGGCCAAGAAUCUCUUCACACACUUGGAUGAUGUGUCAGUGCUGUUACAGGAAAUUAUAGUGGAGGCCAGGAACCUCAGUGAUGCAGAGAUCUGUUCAGUGUUCCUGCUGGAUCGUGUCAGUCACGAGCUGGUGGCGAAGGUGUUUGACGGGGGCGUGGUCAGUGACGAAGAGAAGGAGUUUCGUAUCCCAGCAGAUCAGGGUAUUGCAGGCCACGUGGCGACCACUGGUCAGAUCCUAAACAUUAAGGACGCCUACUCACAUCCUCUCUUCUACCGAGGCGUGGACGACAGCACCGGUUUCAAGACUCGCAACAUCCUCUGUUUCCCCAUCAAAGACGAGAACAAUGAGGUGAUUGGGGUGGCUGAGUUGGUGAAUAAAAUGAACGGGCCGUGGUUCAACCGCUUUGAUGAGGAUCUGGCCACAGCUUUCUCCAUCUACUGUGGUAUCAGCAUCGCCCAUUCUCUGCUCUACAAGAAGGUCCACGAAGCUCAGUUCAGAUCCCACCUGGCCAAUGAAAUGAUGAUGUACCACAUGAAGGUUUCAGAGGAAGAGGUGACUAAGCUGCUAGUGACAGGCAUCGACCCAGUGAAGGAGAUCCACCCCUGCUACGCUGAGUUCACAUACACACCCCGCUCGUUGCCCGAUGACACCACACCCAUGUGCGUCCUCAGCAUGUUUGAAGACAUGGGUUUCAUCAACACAUACAAGAUUGACCUGCACACUCUCGCCAGGUUCUGUCUCAUGGUGAAGAAAGGCUACAGAGACCCUCCCUACCACAACUGGAUGCACGCCUUCUCUGUCUCACACUUCUGCUACCUGCUCUACAAAAAUCUAGGGCUGUCCAACUACCUCGAGGAUAUAGAGAUUCUAGCUCUCUUUGUCUCCUGUCUGUGCCAUGAUCUGGACCACCGUGGCACCAACAAUUCUUUCCAAGUCGCCUCGCAAUCUGUGCUGGCUGCUCUCUACAGCUCAGAGGGAUCUGUGAUGGAGAGACAUCACUUCGCCCAGGCCAUCGCCAUCCUGAACACUCAAGGCUGCAACAUCUUUGAGAAGUUCUCCAGGAAGGACUACCAGCGCAUGCUGGAUUUGAUGAGAGACAUCAUUCUGGCGACAGACCUGGCUCACCACCUUCGCAUUUUCAAAGACUUGCAGAAAAUGUCUGAUGAUGGAUACAAUCCAAAAAGCCGUACCCAUCGCUCCAUGCUGCUGUGCCUGUUGAUGACGUCGUGUGACCUGUCAGACCAAACCAAAGGCUGGAAAACCACACGCAAGAUUGCUGAGCUGAUUUAUAAAGAGUUUUUCUCUCAAGGAGAUCUGGAAAAAGCCAUGGGUAACAGGCCCAGUGAGAUGAUGGACAGAGAAAAAGCCUACAUCCCAGAACUACAGAUAAGCUUCAUGGAACAUAUCGCCAUGCCCAUCUACAAGCUGCUAUCUGAACUGUUUCCUGGGGCCACUGAGCUGUAUGAGAGAGUGGCGGCAAAUCGGGAGCAGUGGACCAAAGUGUCCCACAAGUUCACCAUCCGUGGGUUGCCUAGCAACAACAGCCUAGACUUCCUGGACCAGGAAUAUGAGCUGCUGCAGUCCCAGGGCGCUUUUGGGAGCGACGACCACUGCCUCAACGGUUGCCUCGACGACGCCGAGGGAGGGAGGGGUCAGUGAAGACAGCGGGCUGCCGGCGGUCUCCUGAAGUUUUCCGUGGUCCAAUAAGUGGCUGAGGAUACCUUUUUAGCGACCUGAGAGGGAGGGGGUCUCUCUGCUGUCAAUCGCUUAGAUGCUUUGCAGGCCAUGCAGAAUGGACAGGACAAAGUUUCAAACCAAUUGAAUCAGACAAGUGAUUUGAAACAAGCGGAUCCAUCUGAGCCGGUUCAGUGAUUAGAUGCUACAUGUUGCUUGUGUCUGAAGUUCAGGAAAGCAGAAGGUGGUGACUUUAUCUUUUUCAGCAGCUCUACUGGAAAAAUAAGUUUAUACCACAUGUUCAUUCAUACAGUACUGAUCCUGAUUAAGAUUGUAAAAACACACACACACAUAUGUACAUGCACAUACUGUUUAGACACACACAACAGAGAAAAAACACAAUUCAUUGUUAUGGAAAAAAGACUACUUUAACAUGUAACAGUGAGAUAAAGUGCUAUACUUUCUGUAAAAUGUUUCAUAAUAGCUUAUAUUGAUUUAAAUGGCUCAGCUUUGUUCACACACAAGCAGCUGCCAUAGUCCCUCACCUGAUGCUUAUGAAUGCAUGCUGUAUGGACACCUCAUGUAUUAUUCCUUUUAACUGGGUCAGUGUUGAUUUCUCUAUGGCUAAGAAAUUAAUGCAGUCCAUUUUUAUACCAUCAGAACAGAUUUUUUGUAUCCAGCUCCUCAAAGUAUAUUUAAUGAAUUCAAAUUAAUUCAAGAUCACGAAGUUGCACAAAGGAGAUUUAGUUUAUUUGCUUAAACAACAUUUUUACCUUUAUGUGUACUGAUUCACUUUUCUUCAUUUCUGGGUUGCUUAAGGGACAAUUUGACAAUCACUGAUCAACAACAGAGUCACAGAUCCCUGGCCAUGACGCCUCACUCCAUGCAUUAAAAACAGAUGCCCUGUGCAUAUUAAUUGCAUGACACUGCAUCAAGUAUGCAUUUACCCCUCAAAAAAAGGCCACCUGACCUUAAACCCACCAUUAGUUUAUUUAUUUUCACAACCAUUCCACUUCCUUUCCUGUGCUCUGUUUUCACUUUUUUUUUCUUUUUUUUUUUAGUUAACCAAUUUCCUCAUUGAACCACUUUAGAUAUAGAGCAACCGAAGCCCUUUAAAAGAUCCAUCUCAUCUGUUAGUGUAAAUGUGCCAGAGUAGAGUAUGUCAUAUGGAGUGUGUCAUUGAGUGUGUCAUAUGGAUCUGCCUUAUUGCGCAUCUUUGCUGCCUUUCUUAGAGCUUUUAAUAUAUGAAAAUUUAAAUAAAACGUCUGUUUAGUAUGUAUGUUGUAUAUUUGUUAUAGACAUAGUUUGAGUAUCAGUGUGUUGACUGAAUGAUCACCAUGCUCAGAAGAUGUAUAUUUGUGAAAUAACUGUGUGAAGACCUCAGACGUCAUGUCAUUUCACCUCUUUCUAUUCUAAGUUAUGUAUACAACCACCAGUGGAUAGUAGGCAGACACAACAGCAUUUUUUUCCAGUUCUUAGUGCACCCAAAACUCAUUUUCAAGAAAGAAUUAGAGCUGUAGCCAUCAUAGAAAUUACUCUUUCCUGAAAGCAUCAACAGUUCACUAUUGUUGCACUCCAAAGGAAAAUGUUCGGAAACUUAGAGUGACGAUUGUGCCUCGUAGGAAACCUGACAAUUUGGGGCCGCUGGGAUGGGGGGUUCUGUUAGAAUAUGUCAUAUUCAGUUUUACCUUACAAUGUUUUCAAAUAGGAAAUGCUGCAGAGUUAGGGUGAGAUAACCACAGAAAAGUUACACAAAGAGAAAACUUCUGUAAUCAAUGCCACUGUACAGUAUGUAGGCAGCGUGUGGAGGGGUGAGAGUCAGUGAGCGAAUGAGUGGAUGGACGUGUGGGUAGAGUAGAUGAGAGAUAGAGAGGACUGGAGGUAGUUGGUUAAAAGAGAGGAGAAAUGUUUGGUGUAGCCAGACUUUACAGAGCUGCUGUUGACAGAGAUUAGGCAGACACAAACCUCAAGUGAUCUGCUAGAGUUUCUUAAAAUAUCCCUCCUUUUAUGCAGCCCUGAUAAUGCUAGUGAAGGUAGAUGAAAGGAAAAAUAUUGCAAUCAUAGGAUUUUAAUAUAUAUUUUUUCUUUGAAAGGGCCUCAUGAGGGUGCAUUAGGGAAGGAGGUUAAUUGGUUAGCAAAGUGGUCUGAUGUAUGUGUUAUACCUACACUGGGAAAUGCAUUACCGCGUUUGGAUGAAAUCGUUUGAUCUGUCUUGGUUCGCUACAUGGACUGAAUAUUUUUUUACUAUGAAGUUUUUAAAGGGCAUACAGAUGUGUUUGUAGAAGAGCCACUCUCUCUCUCAUUCUCAAGCUCUUUCUCUCACAUGUGGUUUUUCCCAUCUCCGUUGUUUUAAAGCACUGUUUCAUAUGUACCUGCCUUUUUCACGUGCAAUAUGAAGUGUCUGCCUCUGUGAUGUUGCAUAGAUUCCUAUGUAAAUACCUAUGCCUCUUGUUAAAUUAUUACAUCAGGCCUGGGCUCCCAAAGGCAUUUAAGAGUUAGAUAGUGAUGUUUCCACUGAAAAAAAAAGUAAAUGGACUGCUUGCUCCUCUGAGUGCCUUUGAGAGUCCAGACCAAGAGCAGUUUUCUAUACUGAGUGUGUAUCUGUCCUUUUAUGUUUGUUUUUGAAAGUCAGGGCUAAAUGUGCCAAGCAAACAUUUUCUACUUCCUGGCUGAGCUGAACUGAAAAACUGACAUAACUUUAAGUAUUUUUUGUUUGUUCUCAAAUGUUAGUGUGUUGACGAGGGCUGUAUUCUUAUAAAAACUCUUUGUGACCAGGUCUGGAGUUCGCAGCUCAUCCAGGAAGUAUGAACCCAGUCUAUUUUUCAUCAUCACAGAGCAGCCGGACUCCAACCUGCAAUGUAAUGUCAUUGUAAUAAUCACCUGUGACAUAAUUGUUAAAAAGUGGCAAAAAUAUAAUUGCUGUAAAUAUCAAAGUUUAAAAAAAAAAAGUUACUUGAUUGUCUGUCAUUAUUACAAUGGGAAGUAUUUCAAUUCUGUAAUGUAUUUAAAGUGGUUGCAUCCUGUUCUCUCUCUUUUUUUCAUGCCAUUUUUGAACAACCCCAAGCUUAGAUAUUAAGACAGAGGGGAUGAAAGAAAAAUAUAUGUGUAUUUAAGAUAUACAUAUGAAGAACCAAGACUAAUCUGAAAUGUAUAAAAGAUACUUAUACCAAGGACUAAAUCCAGUCAUUAAUUAUUUGUUUUGUUGAGUUCUGAGUGCUGGUGGUCUUGUUCUUCUUCACUUGUAUUGAACAAGGACAUUUUUGACAAGAAGACAAAUGGGUGAUAUUUUGAUUUCUUUUUUUUUCUUUCUUUCUUGGAAUAAAUCUGGUGAAAGGC